AUGCAGUAUGACACCAUAGUGAUAGGGUUGGGAUCUUCUGGAGUGACAGCAGCGUCGACUCUCGCUAAAGCAGGGAGGAAAGUCCUGGGUUUGGAGGCUCAGGGUCGUAUCGGCGGUCGUGUCAACACGGUGCCUUUCGGUGAAGGCGUUGUCGAGCUCGGUGCGGAAGUGAUAAACGGUCAGUACCCCAGCAGGGUGUACGACACUGCAAUCCAGAACAACAUCACCCUGCUCUCUCUUGACCGAACCAUGUAUGUGUAUCAAUCCGACGGGGCCAGAGGCAAUCACGAGCUGGUGAACGAACUGAUAUUGUAUUGCAUGUCUUUGAUAGAAGACACCAACACUGAAGAGGAUUCUUUGGGCGCUUAUAUCACUCGGAAAUUAAAAGACCAUUUGAAAGAGACCCGCCCGGAGUUACUCAAAGACAAAGAUUUCCUCGAGAAUUUCCUGUCCCUCAUGGAACUCCUCGUAGACGACUACAAGGGUGCAAAUAGCUGGAAUGACAUCAGCACGAAAACCAACUACAAGUCGCUAGAAGGUGAACAAUUUUUGAGUUGGCACCGAUACGGUUACAAAACCUUCUUCGAACUGCUGCUGAACACAUAUCAAGGCGGACCGGGCUUAGCGAAUCUAGACAUUAAGCUCAAAACGGAAGUGACUAAAAUCGUCUGGCCGCAGCAACCCUCUGCCCCAGUGGAGGUGACCUGCAGGGAUGGUAAAGUGUACAGAGCCAACAAUGUCAUUGUUACCGUAUCGGUUGGGGUCUUGAAAGAAAGAUACUCAACACUUUUCGACCCUCCUCUGCCGGAAGAGAAAGUGUUAGCCAUACAAAGAUUGCCUAUGGGACUUGUCAACAAAGUAAUUCUAGCAUUCCCCAAGCUUAAGUUGCCGGGAUCUAGCUUCAUCUUUCAAUUUUCAAAGGAAGAAAGAAAUAAGAUGGUCAAAGAGAACGGCUGGUACAUACAUUCCGCGACCGUGCCAAUGGGCUCGAGUAACACCAUAACGAUAUGGUUCUCCGGGGAAAUGGCGAAAUUGGUAGAAACUGUGCCAGCGAAAGUUAUGAAGAGGAAAUCCGUUGAACUCCUUCGGAAGUUCCUUGGCGCCAACGUGACCAUACCCGAGCCGACUGGAAUUAUUAGGUCAAACUGGUACUCGAAUCCGUACACCAGAGGUAGCUACACUUUCGAUAGUGUGAGCUCAAUGAAGUACCCCAACUCUAGGGCGGAUUUGGCCAAACCCCUCCUAGACAGUGCUGGCACACCAAAAGUUCUUUUCGCGGGAGAGGCGCUCGGCUUGACUCACUUUGCGGCUUGCCAUGGCGCUAGUGAGAGUGGCUACAGAGAGGCCAUGAGGAUUUUAUCCUCCAGCAAAAUUUAA